AUGUUGGAUCGACUAAGACAAAGCACGAAACAAGCAAUGGAUCCGCCGGUGAUACUGGAGGAGGAAGCGGGAGAGGAAAGUGAAAAGGAUUACAACUCAGAUUCAUCAUCGGAAGACUCUAUGGCCAUCAGUUUGGACAAUGAAUCAGAUGCAAGGUCCGAAACGGAUGAUCUGCCCAGUCUUCAUAGUGUUGAUGUUGUAGCGAGAGCUCUAAAUACGAUCAAAGACACGAUUACUCGUCUUUACAGGCUUUCUACUAUUAUAAAAAAGCCCAGCUCAGCAAACGAAAACGUAAAAGUGGCAGACUUUAUAGCAAAAAAUGAAGCUUCGGCGGAACUCGUAGAGUUCCAAAUCUCUUUAGAAUACCGGGAGCGACAUAAAGAAAAGCUAAAGCAGGGUGUUGAGCGUUCGUUCGCGUCAGACCUGGUACCUCCACUUAUACCCAAAAACACAGUAAUUCGACCAGCAGGAGCCCAGCAUAGAGGUACGCCGAUUCGUAGACAACAGGCAAACUCAGCCAGAGGUUCUAUUAGUACCAUGCAGUAUUCUGCUACUGAAGCUUCAUCUGUCAACCGCCUCAAGUUUGCUUCUUAUCCGAAAUCGGUCGCAAUUUCUGGGAUAACAAGGUCAGCUGUUGCGCGUCGAGAACAGCUAGAUGUUCCCGCCCCACCUUCGAAGUCAGAGGGUGAAGUCAAGGAAGCAGUCUGUCCUUAUUGUUUUCGUAUUGUUGAUAAGGAAGACAUGAUUCAAGCCCGUUGGAAGCGACACGUACUACGGGAUAUAGAACCAUACGUAUGCCUCUUUGAUGGAUGUAACAAGUCAACAGAGUAUUUCGCAACGGUAGAAGACUGGGUCAAUCAUAUGCAAUGGCAACAUGCCGUGGUGUGGUGCUGCCAGGUACCCGGUCAUGAAUCACCAGUCUACCGCUCUGAAGAAGAAUUCAAGCACCACUUAUGCGAGGAGCAUAAAAAUGCUUUCAACGAGACUCAGCUAUCCAUGAUUGUGAAAAAAGCUUCGCAGCCUGUUUCAGACCUUUUUGGCUCAUCUGCUCUUGCGGCCAAUGGCAACGACAAAGAAUCCCAUACAGCAGGAGCUUGUCCACUCUGCCCAUUUUCAGUGGAUGUUCCAAAACAUGAUGCAUUGCCAGAAAAUCUGGAAGUAGAAAAAGCAUCAUUACCUGUAUCAAAAGAGCUUUGCGACCACAUAGCUGUCCACAUGGAAGCUAUUGCUCUCCUCUCGUUACCAGAACGCGACGAUCUCGAUGAUGCGAACACUAAUGAACGGCAAUCAGAGAAGACAUAUCAUAGCCUCGACCAAAAUACCGUAGAUUUACCACCAAUAGCAUCCAUUAAUAUUGAGAGCGAUGUCGACGAAAUAAGUCCAGAUCAUGCUCAUCAUUCAAUAAGGCCCACAAGCUCGGAAUUUAUAUCCAGAGGCGAUUGGAAUUACAUUCUUGAAGAUAAGCAAGUGAAGUCGAGACAAGGUCCGGAGCCGGCCCGGGAACCAACACUACAAAACUUUGCAUAUUCUACGGCCGAUGAGGUGCUUGAUAUGUUUGUGAACAACGUGGAUAACUUUCAACCUUUUGUCGAGCAUUAUUACUCCGUUUUCCAAAAUCAUUCUCAAUUUGCCCUCGCUGUCUGGGACCAAACAGCCUACAAAUGUUGUUUUCUUGACGACUACUGUCAGGAAACAUUCAGGGAUGAAGAAUCUCUACAAAUCCACUUUGAGACUUCCCAUUUUCAAUUCACCCGCAUCGAUCCAUGUCUUCGAACGAUCUGCACUAAAUGUUUAACUGUUGGUUUUGAAUCCACUUGCAAUUGUGGUGGAGAUGUGAAAUUGUAUGUUGUUGGGAACUACAUUCGAGAACCGUCAUCAAUGCAUCCAAAACUCACAAGUACUGUCCGACAUACACCAACUCGUUACGUUGACACGACCGGAGUACCAGAUUCAACAGAUAAAGCUGUGAUGGAGGAGGCAGAUAGAGCUUAUCGUGAACGCAUCAUGGCCAGGAGAAUUGUUGAAGAAGAGUGGCGUUCCCCGUAUUCUGUUGUUGAUAGGUACAGGGAAUAG